UGUCAACAUGACAGUGACGUUAUAGUUAACGUUCAGUAAUAUUACUAUUGGACCUAAGCUCGAUAGACUCCAGUUCUAUGGACAGUAGAAACGGCGGGCUGUAUCUUAUGAACCAUAGUAAGUUGUAGAGUUUUCGCGGGAAAAAAUGAUAUUAUGGACUUUUCUCAUUGUGUUUGGUUUGCUCAGAUAUGGGAGGGCGGAAGAUUUUCCGUCGCUGAUUACGGCGAACGCUUCUAUUGCCGUGGUGUUAGACCAGCAGUUCCUGGGUGAAGACUACCAACCAGUGCUGGACCAGCUGAAGGACUACAUCAAGGAGUUGACGCGAGUCGAGCUCAAGCAUGGCGGAGUUAACGUUCAUUACUUCUCUUGGACGGCCAUUAGUCUCAAGAAAGGGUUUCUAGCAGUCUUCAGCGUGGCGUCAUGCGAAGACACCUGGUCAUUAUUCUCCAGGACUGAAGAGGAGCAACUCCUAUUAUUUGCGUUGACGGAAGUUGACUGUCCGCGCCUGCCAUCAGAUUCCGCCAUCACCGUGACCUUCGCGGACCCGGGGCAGGAGCUGCCACAGCUGUUCCUGGAUUUCAGAACACGGAAGGCAUUUCAUUGGAAGUCUGCGAUCAUUUUGCAUGAUGAUACUUUGAGUCGUGACAUGGUUUCUCGGGUGGUGAAAUCCCUGUCAUCUGAGAUAAACGACGAAGACGUGCCCUCCGUGUCGGUGACGGUGUACAAGAUGAGGCACGAGGUCAACGAGUACUUGAGGCGGAAGGAGGUCCACAGAGUGCUGUCAAAGCUACCUGUUAAAUAUAUUGGAGAAAACUUCGUAGCGAUAGUGACAACGGAUGUAUUGAGCACGUUAAUGGAGACUGCACGCAACUUGCUCAUGUCACACACGCAGGCGCAGUGGCUGUACGUGGUAUCCGACACACACAGCCGCGCAGGGAGCAUGCGCAAUGUGAUCAGCGACAUGUACGAAGGCGAGAACAUCGCCUACGUGUUCAAUGCCACUGAUAAUGACGAGGAGUGUAAGAAUGGACUGCUCUGCUAUGCUCAAGAAUUGAUGGAUGCCUUUAUUUCGGCUUUGGACGCAGCAGUUCAAGAAGAGUUUGACGUGGCUGCCCAGGUAUCUGACGAAGAAUGGGAAGCCAUAAGACCUACUAAAUUACAGCGUAGAGACACUUUGCUCAGGCAUAUGCAGCAAUUCAUAUCGCUUAAGAGCGUAUGCGGCAACUGUACCUCUUGGCAAGUGAAGGCAGGAGAUACUUGGGGUGCUACGUACAGAGGACGAAGUCUUGAGCCAAAUAUGCCCAAGGGUAACAAGAAAAAUGGAACUAAACGUACCGACAUCAACCAUACGGAACUGUUACAUGUGGGUGUCUGGCGUCCUAUUGACGGAUUCAAGUUUGAUGACGUUCUCUUCCCACACGUGGAACAUGGGUUUAGAGGGAAAGAGCUGCCUAUUAUUACAUAUCAUAAUCCCCCGUGGACAAUUCUACACCAAAACACCUCUGGUUCCAUCACAAAUUACAGCGGCUUGUUGUUUGACAUUGUGAAUCAGCUGGCAAAGAAUAAAAAUUUUACAAUCCGGAUCCUUCUUCCUGAUAAUAUCAGACAUAACAAUUCGAACGAAACAGCGAGAGAUAUGUCAGCAAGCACCAUUUCAAUGCUGACCAUGACAGCCAUCUCAAAAGGACAAGCGGCGCUCGCUGUAGCCGUUUUCACAGUUCUCUCUGACCACAAUCAAGGAAUAAACUACACAAUACCGGUCAGCACGCAGCCAUACUCCUUCAUCAUCGCUCGACCGAGGGAGAUGAGCAGAGCGCUUCUAUUUCUGCUGCCUUUCACUACUGACACAUGGCUUUGCCUGGGCUUCGCAGUAAUACUAAUGGGUCCAAUGCUGUACGUGGUGCAUCGCUUGAGCCCCUACUAUGAGGCGAUGGAGAUGUCACGCGAAGGAGGACUCUCCACCAUACACAACUGCCUGUGGUACAUCUAUGGAGCUUUGCUUCAGCAAGGCGGCAUGUACCUACCCCGCGCCGACAGCGGUCGUCUAGUGGUGGGGACAUGGUGGAUAGUGGUGCUGGUAGUGGUGACCACAUACUCCGGCAACCUGGUCGCCUUCCUCACCUUCCCCAAGUUCGAGAUCCCCGUCACCACCGUGUCGGAGUUGCUGGAGAGUAAGAGUUACACGUGGUCGAUCAAACAGGGCUCUUUCUUGGAAACGCAGUUGAAGAAUUCUGACGAGCCAAAAUACGUGUCUUUCCUAAAGCGAGCAGAGGUGACAUCUGCUACAGGGGGCGUCGAAGGCAACAUGGCAGCCAGCUCCGGUGCGGGUAUCCUCAAUCGUGUCCGCCACAACCGACACGCACUCAUUGACUGGAAGCUGCGCCUGCGGUACCUCAUGAGAGCCGAGACCUUGAAGACUGACACCUGUGACUUUGCUCUCAGUAAAGAAGAGUUCAUGGACGAACAAGUGGCGAUGAUCGUACCGGCUGGGAGUCCCUACUUGGCAGUUAUCAAUAAAGAAAUAAACCGCAUGCACAGAGCGGGGCUCAUCGCAAAGUGGUUGAGCGCUUACUUGCCCAAGCGCGACCGCUGUUGGAAGACCUCGGCAGCAGCUCAGGAGGUCAGCAACCACACCGUCAACCUCAGAGACAUGCAGGGCUCCUUCUUUGUGCUCUUUUUAGGUUUCUUCAUUGCAUCGACUAUAUUGCUACUGGAGUGGAUCUACAACAGGCGCAAGAAGAUGGUCGAACAAAUAGUCAUUAAACCUUACAUGGAAUAAAAUAUGCGUUAUAAUUAUAUCUCAUAUUUAUUACAAAACCACUUUAUUACCUUCCAUC